AUGUCGGGGAGUAACUACAGCAACAUAUCUUAUUUCGGUGUUGGCGACUCUUUUUUCAGUAAUGGUGACCCCUUAGCCAUCAUCGUGCCCAUCGUGUACAGUAUUAUAUGCGUUGUAGGAAUAAGCGCUAAUCUGUUUGUGAUAGUUAUUUUACUGAAAUUCUCGAAUCUGCAUUCUAUUCCCAACAUCUUCGUUCUAAACUUGUCAAUCGCAGACUUGCUAUUUUUAUUCACAUUGCCUUUCAUCGCACACCAACGCGCGACUAAAACAUGGGUAUUCGGCGCUGCUGUUUGCAAGUUUAUCCACGGGUUUGAUGGAAUGAAUCAGUUCACGGGGAUUUUCAUUCUAACAGCGAUGAGCGUGGACCGAUAUCUAGCCAUCACUAAACCCAUGCAGUCUCGCUCGUAUCGGACGCCCACGAAGACGCGAGUCAUCAGUGUGCUUUCUUGGAUACUAUCAUUCUUGGCAAGUUUAGUGCUCUGGAUAUACGCUACAGUGUUAACUAUGGACAAUGGUAACCCUAUCUGUAUUGUGCGGUGGUCUAACGAGUUCCAAGGUGGCGAGAUUUUCAUAAUAUACACAUUUUGUAUAGGAUUUGUCAUGCCAUUGUUGCUCAUUGUGACUGCAUAUUUUCACGUUUGUAGAUCGCUGAUACAACGGGAAAAGUCGCAAUUCCACGAACAUACAAUGUCGUCGCACUCCAAGGGAAAAAAGCUGGUUGCCGCCAUCGUUAUUGUCAUCGUUGCCGCGUUCGUCAUCUGCUGGUUGCCUUUCUACGUGCUCAACUUCAUUUCGUUUGCGUACCCGGAUCUUCACAGAAACAGAACAUUCGCCAUCGUGUACUUCAUAGGCAUAUGCCUCGGGUAUUUUAACAGUUGUUUAAAUCCGAUAAUAUACUCAUUUAUGGGGAAAAAUUUCCGCCAGUAUGUUUCAAGACUCAGCGAUCGGAAGCACAGACACUCGACAAAUCUACAACUGCGACGAAAGCUUCCAUCGUCGCUUGUCAGUAACAGCAAAUGA